AAGUAACAAAACACUUUCAUUGGUAGACACCCCAUGCUGCCCCGUCAUGUGCAGAGGCUGGGCCGAGACUGGAUCGCCCAUGUCAACGGUUCUCAGGUAUUUGCCUUCGGCAGCCCAGUUCCCACCUGUAUGAGAUGGGCUGGACACUGCCCAUGGGCCUCGUUCCCUCUGCCUGUUCCAGUUGAUUUCUCAGCAAACUGGAGGCUCCCACCGUUUUUUGGACCUUGGAGGCAAUUUCAGAAUUCUAAUUGGCAGCUCGAUAACUUUGCACAAAAUUCUUGCUUUCACCUGCCUAACCCCAGUAUGAAAUCUGAGGGAGAAGAACCACUGACAAAGAAGAGGAGGCUCAGCGCCCAGCCGGAUUCUCCAGCCUUCUCUGAGCAGAAAGAAGCUUUAUGUGUUUCUGUCUCACAAGAUGAAAAAAGCGAGAGUAACAAGAAAGGAAAUAUCAAAAGACACUGGGAAUAUUUCUGUCAGCACAGCAGGACAAUGAAAAUCUUGGAAAGUGCAGAAACUGACCAAAGUAAUAGAGAACGUGAAGCCAAAUUUGAUUUCACAGUCAUGUCCUACAACAUCCUCUCACAGAAUUUGUUAGAAGAUAACUCCCACCUGUACAAACACUGCAGACAACGUUUGUUAAUCUGGACAUACAGAUUUCCCAACAUUCUACAAGAAAUCAAACAGCUGGAUGCAGAUGUACUUUGUUUACAAGAAGUCCAAGAAGACCACUAUAGGAAAGAGAUCAAGUCAAGUUUGGAAUCCUUGGGAUAUCACUGUGAGUAUAAAAUGCGGACAGGAAGCAAACCUGAUGGCUGUGCUAUUUGCUUCAAAACUUCCAAAUUUAGGCUGAUCUCAUCAAAUCCCGUGGAAUUUUUUCGCCGGGAUAUUCCACUCUUGGACAGGGACAACGUUGGACUAGUCUUACUUUUGCAGCCUAAAUUUCCAUGUAAAACUAAUGCUGCCAUCUGUAUAGCUAAUACACAUCUGCUGUAUAACCCGAGGAGAGGGGAUAUCAAACUGACCCAACUUGCAAUGCUCCUGGCAGAGAUUGCUAGUGUUGCCCCUCAGAAGAAUGGUAUCUUCUGCCCAAUUAUCAUCUGUGGUGACUUCAAUUCUGUUCCUGGUUCUCCACUGUACAGAUUUAUAAAGGAAGGGAAGUUAAAUUAUGAAGGACUUGCUAUAGGGAAGGUCUCUGGACAAGAACAGUUUCCAAGGGGACAAAGAAUCUUAUCUAUUCCAAUUUGGCCCAAAAAAUUAGGUAUUUCACAAAACUGUGUGUAUGAAAUAAAACAGCAGCAAAAAGAAGAAGAUGCAGGAGAAAAAACAGAGGAAGCAACAUCGGAUAACACCAAAGAGAUUGUAAUAGCAUCUGAAAAAUUGUCUUCAAAAUUGCAGCACCGUUUUAAGUUGUCUUCAGUCUAUUCUCACUACUUCCCUGAAAAUGGGUUGCCAGAAGUAACAACUUGUCACUCCCGAAGCGCAGUCACUGUGGAUUAUAUUUUCUAUUCUGCAGCAAAUGAUGAUUCUGUUGCCCAACCAGGAACGGAGGAUUCUCUUCAUGGAGGUCUGAAGCUCCUCAGAAGGUUGGCACUUCUAACAGAGAAAGAUCUCUGGACUGUUAAUGGUCUUCCCAAUGAAAAUAACUCCUCUGACCACCUGCCAUUGCUUGCAGAGUUCAGGCUCAUUGAACGGUAACACCCAAAGGACUUUCCAUGUAGCUACAGUUACUCCCACCUUCUCUCUUAAUGUGAUUUAUAUUUUUUAAAGUUAGUUUAAGCACUGCUGGUUCGGUUUAAAUAUUUUGCUUGCAUGCUGAUUUGGUAGUGCUGGGUAAAGUAGACUUUUUAAAGAGACUUUUUUUAAGAGUUUGAUUACUUUAUGAAGUCUUUGAGGCAAAAAAAAAAAAGUUUACAUGAGCUUCCCCUUUGAUAAUGGAAAACAUCUGUGCCAGUCUUAAAAUGGCAUUAUUUUUCACAGAAAUGCUGUAAAUGGUCUUUACUGUAAAUCUGAGUAAAAUGGAUUAUUCUCUGAGAA